GUCAAAUUGAUAAUGACCACAAAUAAGUCACAUGUGAGCUGAGCUGUCAUAACUAAUUCUGGGGAGCAUUUGCAAAAUGUAAAUGAAAUAGGGAUUAAAUCAGAAAUAGAGUAAUAACUGACUAUGUACUGUUCCAUUGCUGGAGAAUACAAGAAGACAAUGGUGGAAGAUAAUUCAAAGCGGAAGAGUUCAUACACAAAAGACACAAUCAUCUCGAAAGAAAUAUCUGAGGAGAACGUUGCUCUGGUUGAUAUCCUCUUCAUGCGCGUGCUACAGGACGGUUACAAAAUUCCACCGCAAUAUAACGAUGUUAAGGAUUUCUUCUCUCAACUCAUUCGCACCUGCCUCAAGAUCCACACUAUACACCCUGGAAAAAUCUCCUGCAUUCUAUCUGCCAAACCUGCAAUCUUGAAUACUUAUAGUACGUUGCAUGGAGGAGCAAUUGGAGCUGUCGCAGAGAGGGUGUCAAUUGCCUGUGCCAGAACUGUUGUAGGAAAGGAUAAGGAACUCUUUCUUGGAGAAUUGAGAAUGUCAUAUCAUUCUGCUGCUACAUGCAAUGCAGAGGUGGUCAUAGACGGGUCUAUCAUUCGGAGUGGAAGGAACAUAACUGUAGUUGCAGUUGAUUUUCGGCUCAAGGACUCAAGGAAAUUGGUCUACACCUCGAACGCAACAUUCUAUCACAUGCCUGUCGCAAGUUUAUGACUUAAACUCAGAACACAUUAAGUAGAUACAUUUGCUAAACUCGUUCAGCAGCUCAUAUAACAUCACUGGAUGAAUUUGAGACUUAGAGUACUCUUAUCUGUAAUCACCAAAGCAUAUUUACAUCUAGCAUUAUCAGAGAUUCCCUUAUUUGUCAUCUGUAUCAUCUAUGUAAUCAAGCGUUGCUUGAUGAAAUACACAAUUGAAUUAUGAUUUAUUGAAAUAAAAUGAAGUGAAAGUCAUGUACAUCACUCUUGUAUUA